AUGUCUAAUACAAAUACUUUCUCAUCAAGUAUACAAACAUAUAAUCCAACAGGAAUACCAUCGAAUUGGCUUGAUUGUCCAAGAAAAUCAACAAUUAUUGCUGGAAAAUUUAUUGCAUUUAAAACACCAUUAGAUGAUCGUUAUAAAAAUGAAAUUUCUAUUGUCAAACGAUGGACGUGUAAUAUGUUAAUUAAACAUAUGAAAGAUGAUCAAAAAAAUCUUGGUCUUGUUAUUGAUUUAACAAAUACAGAACGAUAUUAUAGUAGUGAUAUUGAAUUUAUUCAAAAAAAUAUACAUUAUGAAAAAAUUCCAUGUCAAGGACAUAAUGAACCACCAAAUGACGAACAAAUUGAUUCUUUUAUUCAAAUUUGUCAAGAUUUUAUAAAUGCGAAUCCAAAUGAUAUUAUAGGCAUGAAGAUAUUAAGAUAUAGUUUAUUUUUAAAUGAAAUUGAUUUUUCAUUUUCAAGUAUUGAUGUUGCUAUCGAUAUGUUUGCAACAGUUCGAUCACCAGGAAUUUAUAAACAAGAUUAUUUAGAUAAACUUAUUGAAAAAUUUCCAACGAAAAACUGUAUUUCAAUUUCUGCACCAUUACGACCUGAAUGGUGUUUAGAAAAACAAGUUAUUACAUUAAACAAAAAUAAACAUAAAUACAAUGAAAUAGAUUAUCAACAAUCGAAUAAACGAUUUCGACAAGAAAUACAAGAAAAUUCUAAUCCUGUAUUUGCUGUGGAUCUUCUUAAUGUUAAACCUAUUUGUUUUCAAUCGAUUGCUGAUAAUAUUCGAUUGAAAUGUCAACAAAUGUGUGGAUGGAAUCGACCAACUUUUCCAGGUUCACAACCUGUAUCCAUGGACUAUACAAAUUGUCAACCUAUAUUUCUAUCACCUUAUAUGGUUAGCUGGAAAGCAGAUGGCACCAGAUAUAUGAUGUUAAUUGAAAGUGAAAAUAAAAUUUAUAUGUUAGAUCGUAAUAACAAUGUAUUUCAAAUUAAUCAUCUAUACUUUCCAAAAGAUUCAGAUUGUACAAGACAUUUAAUAAAUACAUUGGUUGAUGGUGAAUUUGUUAUUGAUAAUGAUAAUGGAAUUAAAAGAUAUCGAUAUUUAAUUUAUGAUAUUAUAAUAUAUGAAAAUGAAAAUGUUGGUCAACGAACAUUUAAAGAACGUCUUGAUAUAAUACGUCAUUCUAUUGUUAAUAUCAGAAAUGAAGCUAUAAUAAAAGGUCUUAUUAACAAAAGUUUAGAACCAUUUUCAAUAAGAAAUAAAGAAUUUUGGGACUUAUCAGCAACAUCUAAAUUACUCAGUCCAACAUUCCAAUCACAAAUUACUCAUGGUUGUGAUGGACUUGUAUUUCAACCUAUAUCUGAUCCUUAUCAAUCUGGACGAUCUAUACAUGUAUUCAAAUGGAAAGAACAUAAUACAAUUGAUUUUCGAUUGAAAAUACAUAAAACAGGGCGAUCACAAGAAAAAAGUGCUCUUCUAUAUGUAACUGGCAUGUCAAAUCCAUAUGCAUCAAUGCAUUACUCACCAGAAUUAGACCAAUAUAAAAAUCAAAUUAUCGAAUGUUUAUACCAUAAUGGUGAAUGGUAUUUUUAUCGACAUCGUGUCGAUAAAAUGUAUCCUAAUGCAAAAGCAACAGCCGAUGGAGUAACUACAGCAAUAGAACGUCCAAUAACUAAAGAUAUACUUUGUUCUCUUAUAGAAGAAAAUAUAGCUUUUAAUAAUUAUUAA